UGCACCUUAGGAAAAAAUAUCAGUAUAAAAUAAGUUGCCUUUGAUACUUAUUUACAGAUAUAACCGGCUUUGGGCAGAUAUAAACUACUCAAAAUGAAUGUUCAGCAGAAAUAUUUCGUUCUCUUUUGUACAUUGUCUUUUGCAUUCUGUGAUGAGCCCCGUUUUAAAUCAAGAUUUGAGUACGAUGAACAACUCUUGGAGAAAAUGAUUCGCAUGGAAUUUGAAUACGAACAGUGGGAAAAACGCAUAAAUGAAACUCUAGGGAAAAUGGACAAACAGAGAACUAGCAUUCAGACUGAUUUGGAAGUAUUGCGAAAUGAAAGAGAGGAGUUUAACAAGCACGUUAACGAGACGAUGAAAAACAUGCAGCAACUGUCCAAACCGCAAAACGCAACAGUUUUGUUCCGAGCGUGGGAAGUGGUUGAGUAUACCCUAUCAAAUGGAAACGAUAUAAUUAUCUUCAAUGGAAUGCUCUACAACGUCGGUGGAGGCUACAACUCUACAACUGGAAAAUUUACAGCACCAGUCACGGGUAUCUACUUGUUCAUUGUUAACUUGUGCCCUCCAUCUUCUGGAAGUAUUUUCUACGCAAUUGUGGCCAAGGGAGAUGUGGUGGCAAACGGACAUACGCAUAGUGUUUCAGGAUACCCUUGUGUUUCCGGAGACGCCAUAGUGCAGCUUCACGCCAAUGACGUCGUCUACGUUAAAUCCACGUACAGUGGUAGCAAACUUUUACAAAGAAAUACACUGAAGGAUGAAUUUGACGCAAAAGGAAAUUCCUUUUCAGGCGUCCUUCUUCAUUCAAUCUGAUUAAAAUCUUGCAUUACGCAAGGAGGAGGAUGUACUACAAUCAGAUUGCUAAAAUGCAGUAUUUUGGAAGUCAGCCAUUUGACUUCAUUGAUGAAAUGGCAAUCUGUUUUAUGAUUCCUGGAUCUUUAUGACAUAUGGAACCAUCAGGCAAAAGAAAAGGAGUUACUAUUUUGAAAAAAAUAAUACAUAUUAUUAUACCACACGUGACCUACCCAUGUUAAAAUCUCAUAUACCCAUCGUGGGCAUUUUCGUACUGCCACACACUGACAGUACCGUUUUGACCAGAUGACAUGAUGCUGUCACAUAGCGCACGCGUCUAAAAAUAGACAUUUUUGGUUUCCCAAUUCUGAGGUGGUGAACGCUUAUUAAAAUGUGUUGUAAAUCUGGUGAAAAACUUCAGGUGUUUGCAUUUUUUCUGAACGAGAUUUGCAGCAAAAUGACCAUUCGGAACUCCUCGGCCAUUUUUAUCGAAAACAACCUCUGAUGUAUGCCGGUACAUCAGUUGAAGUAGUUGGUAAAUUUUUGAAUUAUAUCAUUAAAUAAAUGUAGUGUUUUAGAGUUGUAUUUAUUGAUCUAGGUUUAAAUUGAUUUUCAGUGAAGUGUAUUAUUGCAAACAUUAUUACGAUUCCCAAGAGUAAAGUCAUUAAGAUUAACUGCUAAAUAAAAUUACUACGCGAUCUACUUGCAGCGGACUUAAUUGUACCACUUUUUGAGUAUGUAAACCGUCCAAAUGCAUCCGAGGUUGUUUUCGAUAAAAAUGGCCGAGGAGUUCCGAAUGCAAAAUGACACCUAAUGUAAACAAACAAUAAUUACAGAAUAAAUUGAUUAAAUUUGAAAGUUGUGUAAUGGUGUAACAUCUUUAUGUAUGUAUAUAAAUGUAACUGUGUUCGGUAACUGUGCUUCGCCUCGGGUAACAGCAUUUCCCUCAUGUUGACAAUAUGUACUGUCACACUGGAAGCCAUGCAAUAUUUAUAUAAUAUCAUGUAGCAAUCAUUUUUAUAGCUAA